CGCAGUGCAUGCUGGGAUAUGUCUCCUGCACACACAGCUCCUCCCCACGUGUUUGACUGAAGCUCUGCGAUCAGCAACAUGGUAGCAACAGCGGUUCCUGUGAUUUACACAUACACGAAGAUCACAUCGCUGGACUGAAGCACCUGAAGAAGUCAAAACCCCCGAGUUCAAGCAAUAACCACGUUUGUCUAGUAAACUACAGGUUUGAAGUCCACCAGCAAAGGUUUCUAGUGUCUUCAUUAUGGCCAGUGGUGAUGAUGACGACCCAAUUAUACAAGAGAUUGAUGUGUACCUGGCCAAAAGUCUUGUGGAAAAGCUGUAUUUGUUCCAGUACCCCGUGCGUCCUGCUAGUAUGAGCUACAAUCAUGCGACUCAUUUGGCAGCCAGAAUUAAACCCAAGCAGCAAAAGGUUGAACUUGAGGUCGCCAUGGAUACCCUGAGCCCAAACUACUGCCGCAGUAAAGGGGAGCAAAUCGCCCUUAAUGUAGACGGCACUUCCUCAGAGGAUUCCAACACUUACUCCACGAAAAUGAUGGACAAGCAAACGUUCUCAUCAAUUCAGGCUACAACAAAUACAUCUCGCUAUGCUGCAGCAGUGUUUCGUAAAGGAGAGCUUCAUCUUACUCCUCUGCAAGGAAUUCUCCAGAUGAAACCAAGCUUCACAUACUUGGACAGAGCUGAUACUAAACAUAGAGAAAGAGAAGCAGCCAAUGAAGCUGGAGACUCUUCUCAGGAUGAGGCAGAAGAUGACGUGAAACAAAUCACAGUGAGGUUUUCCAGACCCGAGUCUGAACAGGCCCGUCAGCGGCGUAUCCAGUCAUACGAGUUCCUGCAGAAGAAACAGGCUGAAGAACCCUGGGCCCAUCUGCACUAUCACGGUAUAAAGGAUUCACGCUCUGAACAUGAGCGGCAGUAUCUUUACUGUCAGGCUAUGGAUACCACAGAAAACACAGAGCUGGUGAAAACCCCAAGUGAAUAUCUGUCCAUGCUUAUGCCUCCUUUGGCUGAAGAAAAAGUUGUCAAGCCUGUGGGUCCCAGCAACGUACUCUCCAUGGCCCAACUGCGCACCCUUCCUCUGGGUGAUCAAGUCAAGACGCUGAUGAAGAAUGUCAAGGUUAUGCCGUUUGCCAAUCUCAUGGGACUGCUUGCAUCGGGCACGGACUCCACCGCUGUUCUGCGCUGCAUACAGCAGGUGGCGCUGCUUGUCCAGGGGAACUGGGUGGUGAAGAGUGAUGUAUUGUAUCCUAAGAACACAUGUAGUUCACACAGUGGAGUUCCAGCUGAAGUCCUCUGUCGGGGUCGAGACUUUGUGAUGUGGAGGUUUACUCAGGAGAGAACCCUGAUGAGAAAAGAAGUUGCUGCUAUUAUAAAGCUGCCUCCAGAAGAUGUGAAGGAUUUUCUGGAGCAGAUGUCUGUGCCGAGGUUAAACAGAGGCUGGGACUUCCUGCUGCCCACAGAUCACGACUUUGUUAAAAAGCACCCUGAUGUGGCACAAAGACAACACAUGCUUUGGCUAGGCAUUCAGUCGAAGUUGGAAAAGGUUUUCAGCUUCUCCAAAGAUGACUUUGUGCCUAAAAAGGAUGCGCAGAUGGAGCCUAUUCACAUUAGUGGUGAGCAACGUCUGAAAGCUGCAAAGGACAACGUUCGUGAGAAGCACACCGCUCUGCAGAGGGAAAUGGAUGCUCGUAAAUCAAAGACAUCAAAGCCUCCGAGUGCCUCCGGUGAUGCCAACCCCCUAUUGCAAGUCAAAGAGGAGCCCGUGAGUGACUCUGAAGAGCCCAUGGACACUUCGGGCUCUAUCGCAAACGGCACCGUAAACGGUUACCCGAACUCUCCCAUAAUGGACCCUCAUAACGGGCACGGGUCCGGCCAUGCACCCACCCCUGAGCUCCAGGCCUUUGUGCGCAAUACUUUCCUAAAACAUUAUGUGCUGAGUCUGAGCGAAUUAAAAAGGCUGUUUAACCUGCAUCUGGCCAGUUUGCCAACCGGUCACGCUGUGUACGGUCACGUAACAGACCGGAUGCUACAGGACACCAUCCUUAUGAGCCAGUGCAAACAAAUCCUAUUGCCUUUUCCUCCUCAGAGCAAUGCUUCAGCAGAUGAGCAGAAAGUCUUUGGUUUGUGGGAAAGUGGAGAAACCUUUGAUAAGCACCGGCAGGUUUUGUUUGAGAUCUUCAUGAAGAACUUUCGUGCCAGGCGAAACGUGAUCCAGACUCGUCUCACACAGGAACUCGGUGAUGCCGUCACUAAAACAGACGUGGAUCGACUGCUCAAGGAAUGCUGUACUAGUUUAGGAGGGAUGUGGUACCUGAAGGGUACCGUCCACUCCUGACAGGCUGGACAAGGAGUCCGGGGUAUCAAAUCAAUCAACGCUGCCCCUUCAGAGUUUAGUGAGAGUAAACUUUGCACAGGGAGGCCGAGCAGACACAUAAACCAAUCAUUGCCCUCGGUUGAAGAAGACCAGGGCGGGGGACGUCAAUCCACCACUUUGGAGCCAUCUGCAUAUGUUAUUAACACUCGAUUAUGCAUCCAGAAGGGUUAAAGACCAUAUCUGGUCCAAGCUCACAAAUCACAUUACCAUCUCAGAAAAAAGGGCUGGAUCUGUUUGAUCCUAUGUAAAUGUUUAAGUUCAAAGAAAGGAGAUGUUGUAUGCUGAAUGCAUACGUGGACUAUGAAUUAAUGGCUUUUUGUUGUUAUUUUAUGAGCUAAUAUAAAAAGUUAUUACUAUACAAGAAAUGCAGAGAUAAUGGUUAUAUGAUUUUAUCCUGGUUGUGGCCUUUGGGAGCUUCUUGACUGAUUUUGGCCUUGUUUCAAACAGUAAGCUAACUUAAAGUUUUUUUUAAGUAUUGGUUAUUGGUGUUUAUUUUGUUUUUGUCCCACACUUAUAUAUAUAUAUGCUGUACUUUAACCAAGGAACAAAGGUUACAAGUACAGAACACUUAUCAGAUAUAAAAGGGCAGUAGGUCAUGUUAAAUAAAUUAUUUUCUAGGUUUACAAAGUGUUAAUUUUUCAUUCUGAAUGAGUCAGUGAGCUCCACUUUAUGCACUUUGCUGCCCUGUUGUCUAUGACAUGUUUACACCCCUACUAAAAUGUAUCAGUUUAACCAAAGCUUUUGACAACUAUAAGAGGUUCUCAUGGGAUAAAACAUGUCGAUAUUUUGGAUUCUGUGAGCAGAUUAGAUCAAACAUUAUGAAUAUUGUCACAAAUGACUGUCUGGAAAGUAAAUGUAUUAAUUAUUGAUAAUGAAUAGAACUGAUCCUAAGGUUUUUUGGUGUGAAUUUUUGAGAUUGAAUCUGAAGAUAUAUUUAGAUCAGAGGCAGGUCAGAGAUUUUGAAGAGAGGCACUAAUGUCAUUUGCUCUUGUGUCUGAUAAAAUGAUAUUUAAGUGCAGACUUGUCCUCUUGCAAUAAAGGCCACAUUGAAGAACAUUCAGGUUUACUGCCACAAAAGGCUUUAAAUAAAAAGUGUCAAGAAAA